GACGGGAACUUUUAUUUGCAGCGUCUCGGCCCGGGGGCGAAUGGUGGGGCUCUCCGGCCCUUUGCAGCAAAAGAUUGAUCUCUGGGCUGGUGAACAUAAUAUCUGUCCCAGUCAGAAAAGGAGAGAGAAAAUUAGCAGGACGAUUGGUGGAGAAUGAUAUCUGUCAAAAGAAACACUUGGAGAGCACUGAGUUUAGUAAUAGGUGACUGCCGGAAAAAAGGGAACUUUGAAUAUUGCCAAGAUCGCAUUGAGAAGCAUUCCACAAUGCCAGACUCACCUGCGGAUGUGAAGACACAAUCCAGGCUGACGCCCCCAACAAUGCCACCUCCUCCCACUACCCAAGGAGCCCCAAGAACCAGUUCUUUCACACCAACAACGUUAACCAAUGGCACAAGCCAUUCGCCAACAGCACUGAAUGGGGCUCCCUCUCCACCUAAUGGCUUUAGCAACGGGCCCUCCUCAUCGUCCUCAUCCUCUUUGGCCAAUCAGCAGUUACCACCAGCUUGUGGAGCUCGGCAGCUGAGCAAACUGAAGAGAUUUCUUACAACUUUACAGCAGUUUGGCAAUGACAUUUCACCAGAGAUCGGGGAGAGAGUGCGCACCCUUGUGCUAGGACUUGUGAAUUCUACUUUGACAAUUGAAGAAUUUCAUUCCAAACUGCAAGAAGCGACUAACUUCCCACUGCGACCUUUUGUCAUCCCAUUUUUGAAGGCCAAUCUGCCCCUGCUACAGCGGGAGCUCCUGCACUGUGCAAGGCUGGCCAAGCAGAACCCCGCCCAGUACCUCGCUCAACAUGAGCAGCUGCUUCUGGAUGCCAGCACCACCUCACCUGUUGACUCCUCAGAGCUGCUUCUCGAUGUGAACGAAAACGGGAAGAGGCGAACUCCAGACAGAACCAAAGAAAAUGGCUUUGACAGAGAGCCUUUGCACUCAGAGCAUCCAAGCAAGCGGCCCUGCACUAUUAGCCCAGGCCAGCGGUACAGUCCAAAUAAUGGCUUGUCUUACCAGCCCAAUGGUCUGCCUCACCCUACCCCGCCUCCACCUCAGCAUUACCGUUUGGAUGAUAUGGCCAUUGCCCACCACUACAGGGACUCAUACAGACACCCCAACCACAGGGACCUCAGGGACAGAAACAGACCUAUGGGGUUGCAUGGCACGCGUCAAGAAGAAAUGAUUGACCAUAGGCUAACAGACAGAGAAUGGGCAGAAGAAUGGAAACACCUUGACCAUCUCUUAAACUGCAUCAUGGACAUGGUGGAAAAAACGAGGCGAUCUCUCACUGUGCUACGGCGAUGUCAGGAAGCUGAUCGAGAGGAACUUAAUUACUGGAUACGGCGGUACAGUGACGCGGAAGAUUUAAAAAAAGGCAGUGGUAGUAAUCAUUCCAGGCAGCAGAGUCCAGUGAAUCCAGAUCCAGUCCCUUUAGAUUCACAUCGGGAAUUCCUUCACAGGCCUGCUUCUGGAUAUGUGCCAGAAGAGAUCUGGAAGAAAGCUGAGGAAGCAGUCAAUGAAGUCAAACGCCAAGCGAUGACUGAAUUGCAGAAGGCAGUGUCGGAGGCAGAACGGAAAGCCCAUGACAUGAUCACUACGGAGAGAGCUAAAAUGGAGCGCACAGUAGCUGAAGCCAAGCGGCAGGCUGCAGAAGAUGCACUAGCUGUGAUCAACCAGCAAGAGGAUUCUAGUGAGAGUUGCUGGAAUUGUGGCCGUAAAGCUAGUGAAACCUGCAGUGGUUGCAACACAGCGCGAUACUGUGGCUCGUUUUGCCAACACAAGGACUGGGAGAAGCACCAUCACAUCUGUGGACAGACACUUCAAGCCCAACAGCAAGGAGAGACACCAGCAGUCAGCUCCUCCGCAACACCCAACAGUGGAGCCGGGAGCCCUAUUGAUACACCACCAGCAGCUACUCCUCGGUCAACCACCCCUGGAACCCCAUCCACCAUAGAGACAACUCCUCGCUAAGACUGAACUCAGAACUUCUUAAAAACAAACAUACAAAACAAAAAAAGAUUCCUCAUCCUCAGAUGCUCAAAGUUUUUUACUGAACCGUCAUAUUUCAAUACUUUGAAGGAAAAAAAAGAACUUACAUACUGUAUCUUGAGGUAGAAGUAAAAUACAGAAGGCCAGUAACGGGUCAUAAUGACUUCUUCUGGAUAACAAAGAUAUCUUUUCUUUAGGAAACUGAAAAGAGCAGAUAAUUUAACACAAAAAAAUGGUAGAUUUGACCUCCUCCCUGUUAUUUUCCAGUAGCUGGGAUUUUAAACUAGAUGACCUCAUUAACAGAUGCUUUACCAAACAGCAAACCAAGAGAUUGCUAAUUGCUGUUGAAAGCAAAAAUGCUAAUAAUAAAAAGUCACAAUGUUCUUUAUAACAAUAAUGGAAAUUUUUUUAAACAUGAGAGAGAGAGAGAGAGAAAGAAAUAAAGGAAAAAAAUAAACCCUCAAGGGCAUGAGCAUUGGAUAAAGCAGCAGACAUUUUAAUAAGAAGAUGAAUAGCAUCCGUGGGUUACUGACUGAACUCUGAAGACCUGCAUCAAAACACACAGAUGUGCAGCAGAUUGGAAAGAGACACAGAUGUUCAUUUUUUUUCUUGUUUCUGAAUGAAAUAUAAUAAUAUCCAGGUCAACAGAAUGAAAAAUGGAAGAUGAUUUGCAGUGGGAUGUAGGACAUAAAACAGCAGCAAAGGGAAAAAAUAUUUUUGCCAUCGUACAAACGGCUCCUCUUCUUUUCUGUUCUUUGUUUGGUUGUGGGGUUUUUUCUCUUUUAGUACAGAAAUAAGGACAGAGCCUGCAGUUAAUUAG